GUGGGGAUGAUCUCCAUCUUGCGCUGCAGCUUUGACAUCAUUGUCCCGUGCGUCAUGGACACGGCAGGUCGUUGCAAGUUGCCGCUUCAGGUCUCGGGAGACAUGCUGAAGCUUGAGAAGAUGCUGGGCUGCCCGGUGGCCGGUGCCAAUUUGAAGGACUUGUUGGCACAAGAGAGGGACCGCACCGACUUCUCCGAGUACGUCCGCAACGUGGUGCGCCAGGCGGACUGCCCGCAAGCCUUCUCGGAGGCAACCUUGACCACUUCGGGUGUGUGGAGCUGUGGCGCGGGUGUCACGCCUCCCAUGGCGCAGGUCUUGCACAGCAAAGUGCGUGCAGGGUCCGCCCAGCUCCGUGCCACCAUACAUUUGUCGGUGGUGCCACGUUCGGCCAUGAGCAAUUGCAAGGAGCGUAACAUUGUGGCAGCGAUUCAAUUCGAAGAGUUGGAGGACCAAGCUGAUCCGGACCUUGAUACCGCAGAGGCCUCCGGAUACGAGUCGUUCAAGGACCAACGACAGACUUCAGCAGGUCAAUCCACAAAUGCCUCCUCGGGUAUUGUUGCUAACCUUCAAGACCUCCAGAAGCUUGGAGCUACCCUUCAAGCAGACGACUUUGAAGAUGAUGCCUCGGCCUACUGGGGUCAGACCAGGAGCGAUGAAACCAUGUCCCACCUGGGUGCUUUUGUGUCCGACCACAGCUUCGAUGCCCGCAUUUGUGGAGUUUGGGAGGGGAAGACCAGUGAGACCUUGGGCGGCUACACGCAGCAAAUCGAGUUUGAGAUGGAUUGCCGCAGUGCCAAGGUCACUGUGCUGGGCCAGACGUUGAAUGCUCGUUUCUCCAUGAACUGCUCGGCGGAGCCCAAGCAGUUGAACAUCCAAGUGCUUCCCACCAGUGGCACGGUGCCACCCAUGAUCCCUUACAUUUUCAAGUUUGCUGACGAUGGCUCGCUCUAUUUGUGCGGUCCGGCUGACAGCAGCAUGCGCCGUGCUACCAGCUUCGGAGGCA